UCAGAGGCAACGCUGCUCGACUCUCCUGCCUGAAGGAGGUUUCCCUUUAAUAGGCCCUAUGACCUUCCCCCACAACGGGGACCCUCUUCAAUGAAGCUUGAAGGUAAAAUGCAGUCGAGCACAGAGGAGGACAGCCGGAUUGAGGAUCAGUGGGAGAAAUGGCUUACCCAUGACAUCAGUCUAGAAGAGUUUGAAGAUGAAGAUCUUUCUGAAAUUACUGAUGAGUGUGGAAUCAGCCUACACUGUAAGGACAAUUUGGCCUUACGGAGCCAUUUGAAUCUGCAGGCCAGUAGCGUUCUGGGAGUGGGCGGAGGCGAGGCGAGUCGGCUCCAGGCGGAGAUGCUUCAGCUGGACCUGAUUGACGCCACUGGGGAGACCCCCGCCGAAGAAGGGACGGCGCCCGAUCCCAUCAAGGAGCCCCCGCCAGUAACCAUGGAGACCUACAGACCGAAACGGCCCACGACGCUCAAUCUCUUCCCGCAGGUGCCUCGGACGCAGGACACUCUGAAUAACAACUCUCUGGGGAAAAAGCACAGUUGGCAGGAACGAGUGUCUCGGUCAUCGUCCCCCCUGAAAACGGGUGAGCAGACACCGCCCCAUGACCAUAUUUGCCUGAGUGAUGAGGUCACUCACCAAAAUAGCACAGCCUCCACCAAAGAUCGGGGUACAUCCACAGAGAGUCCAUGCCGGCGUACAGCUUCAACACAGAUUGCAUCAGCCUGCAUGGCCUCUUCUCGAGCACCUGACAAGCAGCAGGCUGUCAACCGCCUCCCGUCCCAGAAUCCAACUGUGGUGGUAGUAACAAGAGGACCUGAAGCUUAUCGGGAUCGUAUUCGCUACCAGACUGAUGUGAGAUUGGAAGCUACUGAAGAGAUUUACCUAACACCAAUACAAAAGAAUUUGGACCCUCUGGAGUCUGAGAAGCCAUUCAUGUCACAGUCCAGUGACAACCGGAUGUCCAUUAGCUCUGACAUAGACACUUCUGGCUACCCACAAAUGACAGGAAAACCCAAUUCCUCAAUCAGUGAGGAGGAUGAGGUGCUGGAUUACUUAUCUUCACCUGACAAAAUGAACACACCACGGACAGUGUACAGCAGCAGUAAUGGUGGCUAUCAGCCUCGCCAUAGUUUCCAAAGGGCAUCAGUGAGCUCUGAUACCAGCGCCCUCUCCUACGACUCAGUCAAAUAUACACUUGUGGUGGAUGAGGAUGUGCAGCUCGAACUUGUUAGUCUGAAACAGUGUUACUCAGGUUACAGUGACGAGAGUGAUUCAGCCACCGUCUAUGACAACUGUGUCUCCUCACCAUAUGAAUCAGCCAUUGGGGAGGAGUAUGAAGAAGAUGCCCUGAAACGCGAUUCUGUUUGUCUCUCUGAGGAUUCCACCCCCGAGGCAGACAUCCAUUUCUCCAAGAAGUUCCUCAAUGUCUUCAUGAGUGGCCGCUCACGUUCCUCCAGUGCUGAGUCCUUUGGGCUUUUCUCUUGCAUGAUCAAUGGGGAAGAACAGGAACAGACUCACCGAGCUGUUUUCAGGUUUGUGCCUCGUCAUGAAGAUGAAUUGGAGCUAGAAGUGGACGACCCUUUAUUGGUGGAAGUUCAGGCAGAAGAUUAUUGGUAUGAAGCUUAUAAUAUGAGGACUGGUGAUCGGGGGAUCUUCCCUGCUUACUAUGCUAUUGAAGUCACCAAGGAGCCAGAUCAUAUGACAGAUUCAUGCAAAAACAGUGAUUGGGUGGAUCAAUUCCGGGUGAAAUUCCUCGGCUCAGUCCAAGUUCCUUAUCACAAAGGCAACGAUGUAUUGUGUGCAGCGAUGCAGAAGAUUGCCACUACACGUCGCCUCACUGUGCACUUUAACCCACCCUCCAGCUGUGUCCUGGAGAUCAGCAUGAGAGGAGUUAAGAUUGCUGUGAAGAAAGAUGACACCAAGGAUCCCAACAAAGGAAAUAAAUGUAGCCACUUUUUCCAGUUGAAGAAUAUUUCGUUUUGUGGAUACCACCCAAAGAACAACAAAUAUUUUGGGUUCAUUACCAAGCACCCAGCUGACCAUAGAUUUGCGUGCCAUGUCUUUGUCUCGGAGGAAUCCACCAAGCCACUUGCAGAAUCUGUAGGGAAGGCUUUCCAUCAGUUCUACAAGGAAUGUGUGGAAUAUACGUGCCCCACAGAGGAUAUCUAUCUAGAGUAGGGGCAGGUCCAGCCCUCUCUUCCUGUAUAGACAAGGGCCAUUUCCCCAUUGUGCAUGGACAAGCUGCUUAAGUCUGAAGGAGGAAGAGGCAUGGGAGCGGUUUCCCUCCAUAUGCAGAGCCCCUCCUCUUUCAGUACACCUCCUUUCCUUGGGCAGGGGGUUCGGGGAGUUGAGAAUGGGUGGGAUGGGUGGCAAGACAUGGGGAUUACUAUUUUUAAAGAAAUGCAUUCUCUUUUUUCUUUAUUAAAAAAAAAUGCCACCAGUGAAAGCAGUUGCUGCCCCCCACACAUCAAGCAAAGCACUGGCCCCGGAAUAGGCAGGGUUGAAUGUCCCACGUGUUUGGCAUAGGAGGGGGCUGGUUUGGUCCCUGGGCAAAGAAACUCCUCCACACUUUUGAGGGAUCCUGCUGUGUGCUGGAGACCCCUCUAGUCUGUCACAUAUUCCAGAUUUAACAUUUGCUGUUUAAUAGGACAAAAGUGCUGGACUUCCACCAAGAAAAUUGGAUUUGCUUAGAUAAGUUGAUACGUUGCUAAGUUGAUAUGCCUAGAUAAAAGAUACGGAAAUAAUAAAUUGAAAUCUUGGAUGGGAAGCUAAGCAAAAGAUUCCUGACAAGUCCCAGUAAACAGAAAUCCACUUUGUAUUUGACCUCCCAUGUCUGUAAAAGUAACCCAGGAAUACUGUAUAGGAGACACUUUGGCACUUGGACUUUGAAAGGGAGGAGAAUUUGAGAAUUCUGGAAUUAUAGCCCCAAUGUAUCUUGUGGGUGCCAGGUUGUGGGAGGCUGAAGGUGAAAACUAGAAAGAACCACUGUACUUUUGAUAUAGAAUUGUCCCUCUGUUGCAACUCUGGUUGUGCUGUCCCCUUUCCUUCAUCUGUCUGCAGAUCCUAAACUCAAAGGGAUGGGAGUAAUCUGGAUACUGCCUUGAGCUGAGAGCCAUGCAUCUGAUUCAUCCAUAUUAGGGGGCUGGGAGAUCUACAGCCGUUAAGCACAACGCUGAAUCAGGAAACAGUAGUGAGGUCUUGUGGAGAGGCAAAAGCGAGGGGACUAGCAUGGGUAACAAGGAACCAAGAGCUGCGGAAAGGUGUGCCUUUGCCUUCUUCCCCUGCCUACGAGCCCGAGCUUUCCAGGCAGAGGGCUCUGUGCUUCUGCUGGAUCUGCUCUGAUGACAAUGAUUAAACAUUGAUGUUUCA